AUGACGUUGAGAAAUGGGAGAGAGUUGGUAGAAGUGCCUAAGAAGAAAAAGGAACAGUCUGGGCUCGAAGAAGAAAGAGUGCCAAAACUUGUAGAGGUAAAUGAGAGAAACAAAAUAGAGUCUGAGCAAAAAACAGAGAGGGUGCCACCACCUUUUCCUCAAAGAUUGAGAAAGAAGAAUGAAGACCACAUGUUUCACAAAUUCCUAUAUAUGCUGAAGCAGAUACAUUUGAACAUCCCUUUGGUGAACAUGCUCCAUCAGGUCCCAAAAUAUGCAAAAUAUAUUAAGAACACAGUGGAAAAUAAAAAGAGGUUAACUGAGUUUGAGACCAUAGCACAUACUGAGGAGUGCACUUCCAGGAUUCAACAUAAGCUUCAACAAAAGCUUAAGGAUCCGAGUAGUUUUACCAUCCCUGUGAGGAUUGGUGAAUUUGAUGUAGGUAGAGCCUUGUGUGAUUUGGGUGAAAGUAUCAAUCUGAUGUAG